UUUGUUGUUUGUUUUGUUUUCGGUGUGAAUCUAAAUUUUGUCGAAACAUUUUUGGUAUUUCUCCUGUUAACAAAUUAACUACCUUGACAAUGUCUACAAAAGAUACUGCAGCUAGUAUUGAUCAAUUCCUUUGUGAUUUAAAGAAAGGAAAAAUCAAGUAUUCAAAUGAAAUUGCUUGUGAGACGGUUAAACUUUUAGAAAUAAUUGUGACAAACUCUACAUGGGAAACAGCUAAAGAUUUAAUGAGCAUUAUUAGUGAAGUAGGAAAGCAAAUAUCUUUAGCUCAGCCCAUGCAUUCUGUAGUCAGCAACAUGGUGAAGCGUGUGUUGAAGAUUAUUCGCGAUGAGUAUUCUAGUGCUCUGGGGAAAGAUGAUGAGUACGACCAGCAAGAGUCCUUGCAAAAAAUGCUGGUUGCUGAAGAGCAAAUGGAUUUUGCCAAGACACUCAGCAAUUUACAAAAAUCGAUAUCUGCAAAUUUAAGAGAAUUAAUGGAGGAGCUGGAAAGGAGCCCUCAAGAUAUUGCAACACAGUCAUUGGAGCAUGUCCAUUUCGAUGAAGUCAUCAUGACGUUUGGGAAUUCCAGAACAGUUGAGAAGUUUUUAAGAAAAGCUGCCUCCAAACGCAAAUGUCAGAUAUUUGUUGCUGAAGCUGCUCCUAGAUUAACUGGGCAUGAUCUUGUGAAGAGCUUGGCAGAAAGUGGAAUUCAGACCACUCUCAUACAAGAUUCUGCAAUUUUUGCAAUAAUGUCUUGCGUGAACAAAGUAAUUGUAGGCACGCACAGUGUUAUGGCAAAUGGUGGCUUGAAAGCUCCCUGUGGAACACAUGCCCUCGCUCUGGCAGCCAAAUAUCAUUCCAUACCAUUUGUUGUUCUUGCACCUAUGUUUAAAUUGACUCCUCAAUAUGUAUCUUCAACGGAUCAAGAAGGAUUCAAUCAUAUGUUGUCCCCUGAAGAUGUUAUAUCUUUUGCCGAUGAUGAAGUACUUUCUGGUGUGGAAGUUAUAAAUCCGGCAUAUGACUACGUUCCACCAGAUUUAGUAACAUUAUUGAUUUCUAAUUUAGGUGGCAACGCUCCUUCUUAUGUUUAUAGGUUGUUAUCUGAAUUAUAUCAUCGUGAUGACUAUGAUUUAUGAUAUUUUGUAUUUAGCUUGUACAUGAUGUUGCAAAUAUUUAUUUUUUGAAAGUUAUUCCUUUUCUUAGAAAUAAAAUUUGA